CAGCUGAGUUUUCAGGGAGGGGGAAAGCGAUAGUCCGCUAACUACACCCAGCUUGCCGGCAGCUGACAACUGUGCUGGAAAACUAGACCCAGAUACAAGGCAAUCCCACGCGCGCACACACACACACAAAACCAAAUUUCGUCCGAGGAAUUACCGCAUGAAAUGAAGCUUCGGAUGCGGAGACAAGUCUGACAAUAGUAUUACCGUCAGAAAGAAGUGGAGAAACACGUGUCGUUCCAGUGGUUUAUUGUUCCAGACGACUGAUUCUGAAGAAACGCACUGAUUGCAGGUUAUCAGACCGAAAAUGUGGCAGGAAGUUCCCCUAAUUGUUGCAGUUUUUGUGACUGUGUGCUCCACUAACAAUCCAGGUCAAUGCCACAAACCUCCGCUUGUUAAAUUUGCCGACCUAUUGAACCAGUAUCUCAUUCAGCAAGGUUUCUCCGUGGGUCAAGUUGUUUACUAUAGAUGUUUGCCAGGUUAUAAGCGGAAUGACAGCACCCCAGAUUUUGUCAUUUGUCAAGCCAAUUUAACUUGGUCAGAACCAUUGAUGAGUUGCAUGCCUAAACUUUGUGGUCCUCCAAAUGAUUUACAAAAUGGUUACUGCACUAUUAGUGGUCAAACAUUUGGGAGCUCAGCAACUUACCACUGCAAUAAAGGCUAUCAAUUGCUUGGCAAACGUCAGAUCCUGUGCACCAGUUUUGGAUGGAGCAAGAGUUUUCAAUUCUGUGACCCUCUUCCUAAUAAUGAAGACCAGAUUUCCAUUCCUUCUACCGUCACAAGUACAAUCAACGCAAUAAAUGAAAAAACAGCUCAGAUUCAUUCCCCUACUACAGAGACAAAUCGUUCAUUUACAUCAUUACCUAGCUAUACUACUACAUAUGAGCAAAAUCAAAGCAAUCAUUCUAUGAACACAAGUGUGAACGCAAUAAUAAUCGAAACAACGUCUCCAAGCAAACCACAAAUUCCUUCAGACAACUUUGAAAAGAGACUAAUACUUCCAGCAGCUCUUACCUUUUCAGGAUUGGGUAUCAUUUUUGCUGCAGCAAUAAUCUGGUUUAUUAGUGAAAAAAGGAAGUCUGGGUCCUAUAAAACAGGGAGCUAAUUCCUAGAACAUGACAAGGAUAUGGAAUUAACAACAGUUAAACUCAUGAAUGUUGUGGACCAGUGCAGAAUCCCUCAAAAUAUAUUAAGAAGAUAGCCUAGACCCUAAUAUUUUCUUACUUUAAAGGCAAGUGCCAGAAAUUGUAUUCUAGAUGCAAUUCAAUUGGUCAAACUACCAAUGGAAAGCAUAUUUUAUUCAUACACCACAGUUAAAAUACAGCAAAAAUAAGAUGAAUUUGGAAUAACUUAACUCUAUUGGAAAAAGUUAUAGAAUAAUCAAUUAUUUUAGUACUAAAAAGUAACAGAUC